AUGGACGACAGUGAUUAUCUUGAGGUCCUUAGUGAUUUAACUACAUGGAUAACAGAGAGAAGGCAGUACUUACUUAGGGAAAUAGCAAUGUAUGAACAAAAGAUCAAAGAAACUCGUGAAUUAUUAAGCAACCCUGAAUUUCUUGAAACAAGGCCUAUUUCGAUGCAAAACCUAGAAAAAGAAUUCAAUACUAUGGUAAGAGAUGCGUUGUGUGAGGUUGCUGAUCAAAGAAAACUCGAAAUUACUGAAAAAUUUAAUAAUCUUACAAAUUCUGUUUCAAACUUAUUAAAUGAUACAGAAACAGUUCUUUCUAAGCUAAAUAAAGGCCAAGAGAGUGCAGUUACUCAAUAUCAGGUCAAAAAAAAUACCGAGGAAAAAAUUAAAACUCAAGAAUACCAUAACGGAGCCUAUGAUGCAUUAAUGUCGAAGAUAUCUAAAAGCGAAGCCGCACUACGAGCCAAAACGCUCGAGUAUGAGAAGAUCAGAAAGGAACUCGAAGAAAGUGAAGAAAGAACAUCCAAAAAGUCAAGGGAAAUAGAAGCUCUGUCUGAAAAGAUACAGAAUUGCUACAAAAGGAAGCCGAUCCGAAAAUUUUCUAUCAUUCAAAUUUCGGAUGAAACAGUCAACAUUAUGCCAUCAUUGAGAACAUUGAUUCCGGAACGAAGGAAUAUACAAGUACUUGCUCCAAUAAGAAACAAUGUCCGUAGAGGUCUUCGAUUAUAA